UAAAACUAUACAGUAUACACUCCAAAAAAUGGUGGAGGUCCAAGACAUGGAACCACUUAGCCCAAUCCAAGACGACGAUGAUUGCGAAGACGAACUUGACCGUGUCAAUGAAGACAUCAGCUACGACGAUCUCAAGAAACGUAUGUGGAAAGAUCGAAACCUCAUGUGUAAGCUCAAACAGCAGAAAAAAGAUGACCAUGAUCUCUCUUAUCCCUCGUCUUCCACGUCACCACCAUCUUCUUCUCCCUCAUCAUCAGCUAUCGUGCGCCGAGCAGAAGCCUCACGCCGCAAGAAAAUGGCUAGAUCUCAAGACUCGGUGCUGAAGUACAUGAUGAAGAUCAUGGAAGUCUGCAAAGCUCGAGGAUUCGUCUACGGAAUCGUACCGGAAAAAGGUAAACCGGUGACCGGUUCUUCCGACAGCUUAAGACGCUGGUGGAAAGAAAACGUUCAGUUCGACCAAACCGCUCCGACCGCCGUUGCCGACUACUUAACCUUAGCGGCAGCUCAGCUGAUCUCAUCAAGCGAGUCUCUGGAUCCGAACUCGUACAUCCACAUGCUCCACGAGCUACAAGACACGACGCUGGGGUCCUUGCUAUCGGCUCUGAUGCAACACUGCGUGCCGCCGCAGCGGCGGUUUCCACUGGAAAAAGGUCUGGCUCCGCCGUGGUGGCCGGACGGGACGGAGUUAUGGUGGGGAGAGCAAGGGGCGACUGCGUUCGAGCACGGUCCGCCGCCGUAUAGGAAACCGCACGAUCUAAGAAAAGCUUGGAAAGUGAGCGUUUUAGCGGCCGUGAUCAAACACAUGUCGCCCAACUUGGAGAGAGUGAGAAGGCUCGCGAGACAGUCAAAGUGUUUGCAAGAUAAGAUGAUGGCUAAGGAGACUGAUACUUGGUCUCGCGUGUUGAACCAAGAAGAAGCUCUUUUAAAACGACUCAAGAUAUCUGACGACGAUGACGUGGACGAGGAGGAUCAAGAACCGGCAAGAAUCAUUGCUCUUGAUCAAGAACAGAUGGGAAACAAGAGAAAAGGUAAAUUUGUGGAGGAGGAGGGAGCAAUGUUAUCUAACGUAUACACUUGUCAAAACUCGAGUUGUCCUUCAAGUGAUGUGAGUUUAGGAUUCGUCGAUAAGAAUCUGAGGACAGGACACGAGAUGGAGUGUCUUUACGGGACACAAGAACCGAUAUAUCAGAGUAGUGUUAGCUCGGAUGGGUUAGUUCGGUCUAUUACAACUAGUGACGAUGAUUAUAGCGCGAGCUCGAAAGGAAAGGACACUAUAGAUUAUCUGAAUCAAGACGGUAACUGGCUAGACUAUCUCUGGUUUGAGAGGCUACAUGAUUUUAGUUGCUCUGAUCAAGCAACCGCGGUGGACUUAAACCAAUUACCAGAUCAUUCUGACUCGAAUCCGACCGUUAACGAGGAAGACUUCUCUUUAUGGGACAUGGGUUGUGAAGACAGAGAUAUUUAUAUGUCUCGAGAUUGAAAAAUGCACCAACUCGGAGUUGGCCUAGUGGUUUUGUUGAAGUUCGGCUCCCUAGAUUCGAUUCUUGUUGGGAGGGAAUUAAACAAUUGGCUCUUGUCCCUGGCCUCCGAGAUUAGUCGGGUCUAUAAGGUCUGGAAGACCCGGAUCAUAA